ACUAAUGGCUGCCCCCAUUGAAAUGCGUGAAUUGUUGGAAAUUGUUUAAAUUGCAGUUCUGUGAUUCAAUAUGUCUCUGUUGACGUUUAAAGAGGCUUGCAAGUUGAUAUCAGACAAGUAUUCGUGUUUUAAGAAGUGCAAACAGAUAAGACAGUUUAGUUUGCCACCCUUCUACAUCGGAAAAUGGAGAACAGGAGUUAAUGCAGUCCUAAGCAAUAAACUUGAAUAUUAUUCGCAUAGGCUUGGUGGAGUUUUUGUGGCAUAUGAUAAUAUUCAGCUGCAGCAGAGUAAUGGCUGCAUGACUGAUGACCAGAGUCACAUUCACUUCACACUGAGUUAUGAUGCCAUCUGCUUUCAACCACAAGUUGGGUGUCUGAUGAAAGGCAUCAUCAACAAAAUUGGCCAUAAUCACAUUGGUUGUUUGGUGCAUUCAAUAUUCAAUGCAUCAAUCGUGCACAUGCCAGAUGGUGCUCCCGACAUACAAAUGAACAUUGGUGAUGAAAUAAUGUUCGAAGUUGUUGAUGUUGUAACACAUCACGGAGGACUCAUCCACAUCAAGGGCAAGUUAACAAAGGAAAGCUCAGAAGAAAUGGAAAGAAUUACUCAGAAUUCAGUUACAACCACAAGUCUAAAGAAUAGUCUAAUUGAAGAUGACAUUAUUCCAUUCUCAUUUACAAAGCUUAUAUUCAAAAAUGGUUCAGCCACACAAGAGAAAACACUUGACAGUGAAAUAUCAAAGUCUGAAGCUGGACAUAUGUACAGCAGUAAUCCACAUGCCUCUCCAAGGAAGAAAAGGAAUCACAGGGAAAAUAAACCCAAUGACGACUCAGGCCUGGUCGAAAUGAAUGUCAUUGGUAAUGCUGGUGAUUUCGAUGAAAGACCCCAUGGAGGCAACCGCAGCCUAGAUACUGAGCCAGAUACUGAUAAGGUAGAUAACAAUGUUUCAGUGGCCAUCGGUGAGAGGUCUUCCAGGAAAAAGAAGAAAAGGAAAAGAGAUAGUGACAUUGAUGCACUACAUGUGUCAAAGCACUGCAAUGCUGAACAGAGUAACAAACGUGAUAACUUCAGGAAUGCUGCUGUGAAUGAGUCUGCUGUGUCAAACGUAAGGAGGCACAAAAAACACAAAAAGUCAAGAAAUAAUGAGAUUGACGUAGAAGACAAAAACUUUAAAACAGAAUCAGGUGUGCAGAUAACAGAAGGCCCUCAUCCCCACCAUGGUCAUGGAGUGAUUGACAACACUACAACUUGCAGUGCUAAUAUUGUACCUAAUAGGAAGCGAAAGAAGCACAAGAAAGAAAAGUCCUGAACGUGUGCUUGGAUACUCGAUCGUAUAUGCAAUAAAGUUUAUUAUGUAGUUAGUGAA